GCGGCAGCGGAAGCGGAUCGUACUCUCUUUGUGGGCAACCUUGAAACGAAAGUGACAGAGGAGCUCCUUUUCGAGCUUUUCCACCAGGUUAAUUUCCACGCAGUGGGAUAAUGAUGGAUGUUGGUCGCCUUGUUAAAGUCAUAAAGUGCUGUGAAAUGUAAAUUCAGUCGGUGACUGGGUUUCCGGUUCCUUAUGGGCUCCCUCCCUCCAAGCUGGGCCAGUAAUAAAAGUGAAAAUUCCAAAAGAUAAGGAUGGUAAACCAAAGCAGUUUGCGUUUGUGAAUUUCAAACAUGAAGUAUCUGUUCCUUAUGCCAUGAAUCUGCUUAAUGGAAUCAAACUUUUUGGAAGGCCCAUCAAAAUUCAGUUUAGAUCAGGAAGUAGCCAUGCCUCACAGGAGGUCAGUUUGUCAUAUCCCCAGCAUCAUGUUGGAAGUUCAAGCCCUACUUCCACAUCUCCUAGCAGAUACGAAAGGACAGUGGAUAACAUGACUCCAUCAACACCAAUAAUUCAGAGAUCUUUUUCUUCUUCAGAAAAUUUUCAGAGACAAGCAGUGAUGAACAGUGUUUUGAGACAGAUGUCAUAUGGAGGGAAAUUUGGUUCUCCACAUCUGGAUCAAUCAGGAUUUUCCCCAUCAGUUCAGUCACAUAAUCACACUUUUAACCAGUCUUCAACCUCCCAGUGGCGCCAAGAUACACCAUUAUCACAGCGAAAAGUCAGACAGAAUUCUCAUCCCUACGUAGUGGAUAGACAUUAUAGCCGUGAACAGCGUUACACUGAUCAUGGGUCUGACCAUCAUUACAGAGGAAACAGAGAUGAUUUCUUCUAUGAAGAGAGAAACCACGAUGGCUGGAGCCAUGACUAUGAUAACAGAAGAGACAGUGGUAGAGAUGGAAAAUGGCGCUCAUCUCGACACUAACAAGUAUUAAAAGGAUGUUUUCAUAGUGUCAUUCUAGGCCCUUUUUGUUACGUUUUUUCUGGGAAUCUUUUCUUAAAAAAAGUCUAUAGAGCAGCUUUACAGGUUGCCACAUUUCUUUAUAAAAUUUUUAAAACCUAAUUGCAGUCCAAUACAGAAACGAGAAUUGUGGUUCUAGUUUUAUUACAUUAAUAACCUUUCACCUCAGGGUUUUAAGAAGAGGAAAGGGUUUUAUGCUAAAGAAAGUGCCACAAUUCCUAAUCAUUUUAGACAGUUGAGGAAGGGAUGUAUUAUAUGGAUUAGUUGUAUUAUGAAGCAAAUAUUUUAAUUAUCUGUUACCUUUUUGUAUUGCAAGAAAUUUCUUGUUAGGGAAUCAGAUUUUUGGUGUAUAUAAUGGAAUAUAUUCAAGUUGAUAGUCUGAAAUGACUCAGUAUUUUGUUACUAAACGAGAAAAUGUAAAUUCAGUGAUUCAUUUUACUAACAUUUGAGAAAACCUUUUGGUCAAGUUUGGGGAUAAAUCAUAUUUAACUUAGAGAACUUAAGUGUAAGUUCUGCGACAUGAUCUUGAGUUUUACUGUAAGUGAGCAUACAAGUAUACAUCUACACAUGCUAUUUCAUUGUAAAAUUUUAGAAUUUGCUCAUUAAAUCAUGUUCGAUGUAUGAAGUCACUCAGGAAGUUAAAUAUCUCUAAAUGUAUUUUUUUUACAGUAAAAAUACAGUGUUAAUGUAAAUCUUUUUCUGGAAGAACAGAAAUGUAAAUGCAUAGUCAGAUAAAAUAGUAAAAUGUU